GAGCAAUGACACUGACCAAUAUGAGUUUGAUUAUUCGCCUGUUUACAAUGUUGUUGAUUGCCUCAUCGUUGUUGUUAAUUGUUGCGUCCGAAGGGAAUUAUGUUGUAACAAUUAAUGACCAAAAAGACUACAAGAAAUUAUUACGAGUGCAUAAAAAUGUGCUGAUACUGUUUUUUAAUUCUUCUAUGGAUAAAAACAUCCAACUGAAAAAAGUGGUAAAAACCACCAUGGAAGCUGCUAAACAGGCAAUGGGACAAGGAACUGUUGCUCAAAUCAACUGUAACGAUGGUGAAGUAAAGAAGUUAUGUAAAAAGCUUAAAAUAACCCCAAAACCAUACAUCCUGAAACAUUACCAGAACGGAGAAUUUCACAAAGACUAUGAUAGGAGAAUAAAUACAAAUAGCAUGUAUCGUUUCUUGUUAGAUCCAGCCGGUGAUAUACCAUGGGAUGAAGACCCGACAGCUGUUAAUGUCGUUCAUCUAGAUGACUCUAAUGCGCUUCGAAAAACAGUUGGUGGUGGAAAACCUGUACUGAUCAUGUUUUAUGCUCCUUGGUGUAGCUUCUGUAAACGUUUGAAACCUGAAUUUAGUGCUGCAGCAGAUGUAUUGAAAGGGAAGGUCGUACUGGCAGGCAUGGAUUUAACACAUCGUGGUAACGAAGUUAUUGCAAAACAGUUUAACAUUGAUGGUUAUCCAACACUUGAGUAUUUUGAGGGUGGCAUGCAUAAAUUUAGAUACAGUGGACAAAAUUCAAAGGAUGGCAUAAUUGAAUGGCUUAAAAAUCCAGUGGAACAAGCGUCAUCUCUCUCUCUUGAAGAGGAAGAAAUUUCAUGGACUGAUGCCAUCACCGAAGUGGUUCUUUUAAAUGAUGACACAUUUGAUGAAUUUAUUGCGGAACAUCGAAGCGUUCUGGUCCUUAUCUAUGCUCCUUGUAUGCUUAUUUCCACUUGA